AGCUCUGUCUGCUCUGUCUGCUCAGCUUCCUUUCAGCGGUAGACCGUUGCCUCGCGCACCACUAAGCGCUUUUCGCCUUGUGAGACGCAGAGGGUUGCGGAGUCAUGGGUAAGCUUAAGGAAUUCGAUAUUACUUUCACCAACAACAAAGUGGUCUACAGCCCUGGCGAAUCCAUAAGUGGGUCUGUGAAAAUUACAACCGGUACCUCACUGCAAUAUAAGGCCAUUAAGGUGAACUGCCUGGGAUCAUGUGGGGUCUCCAACAAAAUGAAUGACAUGUCAUGGACACUGGAAGAGCAAUACUUCAGCAGCACACUGUCUGUAGCUGACAAAGGUAUACUGGCAGCUGGCGAGCACAGCUUCCCUUUUCAAUUUCUCAUUCCAGUGGCUGCCCCGACCUCCUUUGAAGGGCCCUUUGGGAAGAUUGUUUACCGUGUGAGAGCCGUCAUAGACACACCUCGCUUCUCCAAGGACUACAAGGCCCAGAGGCCCUUCUACCUACUUAACCUGCUCAACCUCAACCAAGUGCCCAACAUUGAGCAACCCAGUUAUGCUGUGACCACUAAGAGGUUCAGCUACCUCCUGGUGAAGACGGGCACCCUCAUGAUGAAGGCUUGUAGUGACCAGAGGGGAUACACACCAGGCCAGAUCAUCAGACUAGCCACUGAGAUCCACAACAAGUCAGGCAAGGACACGGGCUGUGUGCUGGCCAGCCUCAUACAGAAAGUGACUUAUAAGACCAAACGGGCUGUUUUUGACCUGCGGACCAUAGCAGAGGUAGAGGGGGCGGGAGUGAAGGCGGGGAAACAUGCUGAGUGGCGGGAGCAAAUCAUCGUACCUCCCCUCCCCCAGUCUGGCCUGGCCGGCUGUAGCCUUAUAGAGAUCGAUUACUUCAUCCAGGUAUCACUAAAGUCCCCCGAGACAGUUGUCACUUUACCCAUCUACAUCGGGAACAUCGCUGUCAACUUGAUCCCGUCACGACCUAUGCCCUCAACUCCAGCCCCAACAACCAUCAGCCCCAACCCCGGCCCAGAAGGGGUUACCCCGAGCGCGCCCCCGGCUGAGGAGGACUUGGAGGAGGUGUUGGGUGCAGGGGGUUCAGUCAACGAGGAGAUCCCCACAAAGAGUCACUCCCAGCAGGACCAAUCCGGCCAGCCCCCCACCAUGUCCCCCAGUGCAUUCAGCUACACUCCCGGUGUAGAUUUCCCCCCCAGCCAGCGACAUGCCAAUGACACCUCAACGCCUCUGUUCUGUGUGUCUACUGGGGCCACCAUCCCCUUCUUCACAGAAGGAAACGCCACCCCAGUACCCACGUCCUGUCCUCUCAUACUCCCCCCUGAGUACAGCACCUGGGACUUCACACAUGAACCCCCUCCCACAUAUGAGGAGAGCUGCAGCAGCAACAACUCCAGCUUCAACAACAGCAGACCGCAGGAGUGAGGACUGAGCAUAAUGCAGCUCACAACCACAAUUACACUCCCUAAAGGACCAAUAGGAUACUGCAACCCUUUCUCCAAGUGCACAGAACUUGCUCUCCUCCUAAAUAUUACUUUAAAAUAUAUUUUUUAAAGGGAUCAUAUCAGAUUUUGUAUUAUAGUUUAUACCCCCUUCUCCCUGGCUUAAAGGACCUGCUGUUAUAUAGAUGGAAUGAGAGUGCAAAUUCCCUGUGCAUAACAGGAGGACUUCAGAGAUAACUUAUAGAAGGUAGGAUAUUCCAUAAUUGGAGUCUAUUGGAGACUAAACGUAGUGGGUAAUACAAAUUGUGAAUAUUCUUGCAUUGUUGACUUGAAAUUGUUGUAGGCCUGCUACUAUAUCUCCUUUUUCAUCCUUCAAACACAACCAAAAUCUGGUCUUUAUUGUAGUUUCCUUCCAAAUGUGCACACUACUGUAAUUCCGAUCCACUUCCACCGCAGUGGCUCCCUCUUUUGAUGAGUGGAGUAGGGGUGGCCUAGCUAGACAUGAGGUUCUUAGCAUGUCUACCCCCUGGUGGCCAUCAACGGAAGAGAAUGGAGCCUAUUGGAAAAGCUUCAGAUCUUCACUUAAGUUCAAUGAUGCCUGCUGACGAAGAACAUACUCCAUCAACCUGUGAUCUACUGACAAGGAGCUUCUGGAAUGUGCAUCUUGUCUUGUCACACCUUGUCAUCCUGAAACAGACAAGCGGGACAUUGUACUCUUGGGUAUGCAGGGGAACUGACGUAGCAAGGGUUGAUAUGCAUUUAUGACAUCUGAUGCAAACACCAACUUUUCUUUCACCUUCUUUACCCUGAAUUAAUGGAGAUGAUCUGUUGAUUUUCCCCAUGUGGCCUUAACUCAUUCUGUUCUAACUGCAUUACUAUGUGCUGAUGAAGACAGUUGUCUUCAGGGUUGCUGUUGCUUUUGAAAUGGCAGUCCAUGCUGAUCAAAUGUGUUGGUGUGACAACCAACAGUGUUAAAUGUUCAAGCACAAGACAGCACUUUUUGACAGUUUGAAAACUGUGCAUGUAUCUGUUUUUGUGUGUGAAUGAGUAUAUAGUGUACCAGUUUGUGUGUGAAUGGGUAUAUAGUGUACCAGUUUGUGUGUGAAUGGGUAUAUAGUGUACCAGUUUCUGUGUGAAUGUGAAUAAAGUGUACCAGUUUGUGUGUGGCUGAUCGCCCCUCCUGUCUUUGAUAGUUGAUAGCGUUGGACCUCUCAAUUUGAAAGCCAAACAUCAGGCAACAUCAUCCACUCUGUUUGUAUGAGUGUUUGUUUUGUAUGUCUGUCUGGUUUCUUUCUCAAUUACAGCAUCCUUUUUUAUUCAUAAGCCAACCUCAUUGUGGCUUAUGUAUUCACAGAGUUGUAUGAGACAACCUUUAGCACCUGCUGUGGGAAUACAUGUACCACCAUCCCUCCUGAAAAGGUAGCCUAUAUAGUACAGUCACAGCCUUUAAUACCAGAAAAUAGAUUGCAGAUGGUAUUGGGAAUUGAUCUGUGGUUCAGACCACCGCUCUAUACUCAUUUUUUAUUUGUAUUUUACCAUUAUUUAACUAGGCAAGUCAGUUAAGAACAAAUUCUUAUUUUUAAUAAGGUAUCAGCUCUGAAAGAACCAUAUAAAUUACACCUGUAUUUACCAUGUGCUAUUCCGUUAUCUCCAAGAUUGCUACGGCAGCUUGGUUCUCGAGUCAUUUCAGGCUGCCUUUAUCAAUCCUCUGCCCCGUUGUUUGUAUUUCUCUUCACGAAAGUACUAUAGCUUUAUAAACUCCGACAUGUUUUUCAUUGUCCAUUCUUUUCCCCUCACAAAUGGGUGUGUGGUUUUGUAUUUUUCUAUUUGUAAACAGUUUUCUGGUGCAUAUGGUAGCCAUUUGAGAGAGAGAAAAUAUUCUGGAAAAUAGUAGCAUCCUGGUUAAUCAAUGUAAUAUUUCAAUUUGUUGUAAAUCCAAUAAAAUACCAAUAAAAUUAUCUGUCAUAUCA